GAUCGAUCCGCUUUUAUCAUGGAUUUGAAGGAAUCGAGUACAACAGAAGAAAUUAAAUCUGUUCGGUUUGUUCUUUGCCAGGGAUGACAGAUGGAGAACCAGGUGCGCUAUUUGAGGGAACUAAUUGGCCAAUAUUGUCCCUCACUUGCUAGUCGCCUGUCGUUUGAAGGGUAUGUCGAUAAUCGUCUGUCCGUCAGACUCUUCUCCUAUGCUCAGCUGCUCAUGUUUUUCAUCAUGAUUGUUUCAGGGGUUGUUGAGAAUAUGAAGAUUGACACCACUUCUUCCUAUGCCUUUCUAUUACUCUUCAUAAAGAGAUGGAGGCCCGUUUUAAUGGUGAUAUCGUUACUUACUAUAUUGGUAAAUCAGUUUAUUUCCACAAAUGCAGCCUUCGAUAUCUAUGUGAAUGAAAAGCUUGUAUUUUCGAAGCACGUAGAGGGAAGAUAUCCUUCUGAAUCGGAGAUCUUGAGUCUUUUGGGAUGUGCAAAGACGGAAGAAGAGAAGAAGAACGACUAAACGGAUUCUCGUUUCGCCGCUUGCCCAUGAUGCGCUGCUCCAAAACACAUUGUGUGGUCCAGCGCUGAAAAUAAGCAGCGAAGCCUGCCUGGCCAGCAGGGAGAAAUCGGUUUCGAAAGA